GCGCGUCUGUUGCGCGGAGCGGAUCAGAGCGCAGCGCCUGGCGCCACAGAGGCUCUUCCCCCGACUCUCCAACAUCUGCAGCAUCGGGAGCUCAGCUCUGCUCCGGGAUCCGGUGUGUGUUGGUUUUCGCGUAAAAAAGGACCGCGGCUUUGAAAAGACGAUGUGGAUUUUUAACUCUGAAAUUCAGCUCUGCACAAACCUCCAGCUGGUUUCUUCUGACACAAUGAGGGGAAUUUAACAGAAAGUUAAGAUGUGAACGCUCAAGCUCGCUCUUUUUGCAAUGAUUGAGACCGGUACGCCAACGAUGUUGGACAGAGAAGAGGCAGCACACUGCACCGUGUGCUGCUGCACUCUGGCCAACAAAAUCUUCAUGGUGCUCUUCAUGCUGCUGCUGAUAUUCGCCAUCUUGUUUGGGAACCUAGUGACUCUGGCUGUGGUGGUGGGGACCAAGCACUUCCACACGUCUCAGGGCUACCUCAAGGCGUCCCUCGCUGUCGCCGAUUUGGCGGUGGGGAUAUUUGUGGUGCCUCUGUCCGUCUACGCUGAGGUCUAUCUCAUGGUGGCCGAGUCUGCUCCAGAGUGGACUUUGUACAACUCGCAGUCGGUGGGCUUCCACCCGUGCAACAUCAUCGGCCCGAUCUUCGCGGGGUGCACCUUCGUCUCCAUCAGCACCAUCUUCCUGUUGACUAUUGAGCGGAGCAUCGCAGUGCUGAGACCACUGCACAAGGACUCCUUCAUCACCCGCAAAAGGACGACAAUCCUCAUCUUCCUCUCCUGGGUGGGGAGCUUCCUCCUGGCCGUGUCUCCGAUGGUCUUCAGCAGCGAGAUCGCCCUGGAGUACAACUCCUGCAGCAGGAUGUGCAACUACGCCCUGGGAACCAUUGGCGAGUUCCCCAGCCAGGCAUGGAACAUCCUCCUCCUCUUUCCCGCGUUUGACUUCACGCUUCUCGGCAGCACGGUGGUCAUCAACAUCAUCUCUCUGUCCAGCAUCCGGCAGCACUCCAAGCACAGGAAAACCCUGGCAGAGACGGAAAUCCAAACCACCAGCAACCCCACCUUCUCAGACAUCAAGGCGGCGAAGACCAUCGGGACCCUGACCGUGGCCUUCACGGCGUCGUUCACCCCCAUCGCCGUCUUUGUGGUGGGGAACGUUUUGGGGAAUCAGUGGUGCAACUUCUCCUUUUUUGCCUUCUGGAUUUUGGCGACCAACAGUUGCUGGAAUGUCAUCAUUUACAGCGUGAGGGAUCAGAAGUUCAGACUCUGCGCGCACAAACUCCUCAUGCCUUCCCACAGACAAAACACGACCAAAACCUAAAGCGUUUGUCAGGUCGGCGCCUCUUAGAUGUUUAUGUGUGUCACAAACCUUGGGCCCGUUACAUCACAAGCUUCGGUCAGAGACGUGCUGACGGUAUCUGCAUGUCUUGUGGGCAGCUGUGGUGAAUUGGCUUUAAAUUCUCUCUUUUUUUUUUACAUAAAUAAGGCUUGGAGUGAUUCUGGAUGUAAAUAUUCCUCUCAGUGGGCGUUCAUCUUGUUCUGUGUAACGUUAAAUAGCUGAGGCCUGUCUGUUCGUGAGCUGGUUGUUGACAUGAGUAUAACUGAUUAAAGACUAAAACAACA